AGUUUCUGGAAAAGCACAGUGACCAUGUGCGUCAGUGCUACCCACCGUGGUAGAUUAUCAGAGUGAAGUAAGACAAGACGGCAGUUUGAGUUUUUCGUCAGUCACUCUUGGGUGUGUGGAAGAUGUCCGGGUUUCAAGGCCUUAAAGAGUUAUUCAGACGGCGGCUGCUCGCUGCUGUUAUCAGAGACAUGUCGGGACAAACAACACGUGGGUACGAAGAGGAGCUCCAGUACCAAAGAAAACUGCGGAGUGUCAUGUUGACACUUGAAAUCAAGCUGCAGAGAACAGACGUCCAGCAGUUAUUGGUUAGUGAAGAAAAGCUUCCCCCUGAGCAGCGUGAGUGGAACCCCAGUCUGGACCAGGAGGACGCUAAGCCCCCACAAAUUAAAAAAGAACAGGAGGAACUGUGGAGCCAUAGAGCGGGAGAGCAGCUUCAACGACUGGAGGAGGCUGAUACCACCAAGUUCCCCUUCACUCCUGUGGAGGUGAAGAGUGAAGAUGAAGAGACACCUCAGUCCUCACAGUGUAAUCAGAGAGGUUUACAACCAGAGACCGAGAUAAAGACUGAAGACUCUUCUGAACCACAGGCUGAUACAAGUGAUGCUUGGAAAGAGAGUAGAGAACAUCAGUCAGACUCAGACACUGAGGAAAAAAUAAAAAAGAGACUGACGACUGACAAGAAAUUAUAUAGGUGCUCGGAGUGUGGUAAAAUAUUCAAAAAGAAACAGGAUUUGAUCCAACACAUUAUAAUGCACAAAGUUGAGAAACCCUUCAGCUGCUCUGAGUGUGGUAAAACUUUCAAGUACAAAGGGCAUAUGAUGGCACACAUGAGUUCACACUGGAGAGAAACCAUUCAGCUGCUCCGUGUGUGUGUUAAAUCAUUUAAAACUAAACCAGAUGUUGGCAGACACAUGAGAGUUCACACUGGAGAGAAACCAUUCAGAUGCUCUGUGUGUGGUAAAUCAUUUAAAACUAAACCAGGUGUUGGCAGACACAGGAGAGUUCACACUGGAGAGAAACCAUUCAGCUGCUCCGUGUGUGGUAAAUCAUUUAAAACUAAACCAGAUGUUGGCAGACACAGGAGAGUUCACACAGGAGAGAAACCCUUCAGCUGCCCUGUUUGCAAUAAACGAUUUAACCGCAGAGAUAAUGUGUUGAGACAUGUGUUGGUUCACACAGGAGAGAAACCAUUCAGCUGCUCAAAGUACAGUAGAAGAUUUACUCAAAGUUCAUCUUCUCACAUGGCCAUUCACACAGUAGAGACACCCUUCAGUUGCUUAGUCAUGGGCAUAAUCUGGCACGCCACCAUGGAGAGAAACCCUACAGCUGCUCUAUUUGCUGUAAAAUGUUUAUCGAUGAGUCUUCACUGAACACGCACAUGGUACGUCACAGUGGUGAGAAAUGCUUUAGCUGCUCUUCUUGCUGUAAAAGAUUUAACCACAAAAGACAUCUGAACCAACACUUACGAAUUCACAGUGA